AUGGCCAGCACAUCGCAUGGGAGUGGCAGCGUCUUCCGCGGGGAAUCAUCUGAAUCCGAUUUCUCGCCCGAUCAACAUUUAAUCGAUACACUCCUCACACAGGUCGACAACGAAACGGUUGAUGCCAUCAUCGAAACCCAAAAGCAAAGCCUCCGACGUUUCGAAAAGACCAACGAGAUGAUGAGCAAUUGCAAUGCACUUUCGGAGAAACGAUUGGAAAGGGCAAAAAAAGAGAUGGCCGCACACAAAGAGAUGAUCAUGCAGAUGAAAGUCGAUUUGGAGUUCACUUUUCGACGGAUUCGCAUCUUCAAAAACGCGCUAGCUACAAAAUAUCCGGUUAUCUACAAAGAAGUCGAAAUGGAGAUGAAAAAGGAGGGAAAGCUCAAAAUGAAAGGAGUGGACGAUGAUGAA